AUGGUGAAUACUGAUGAGCUGAUGGCUCGGAUAGAGGCAGAAUAUUGUCCUCCACUCGAUAAAAGCACAUUUCGUGCAAUAAUUACCGAUUACGAUCUCUCCAACGAAGAGCAAAUCCAGACUGCGCGCAUGAUUUUAGAUAUGAUACGGCAAGAUGCAGAGUUUGAGGAGGCAACUGGCUUUGAUCCUAGUGGAAAUAGUGGGGGAGCAUACACAAAUGGUGGGGGAACUUCAGAAGAUCAGAAUUUGCAUAAUGGCAAUGAUAAAAAUGAAGAUGGGAGUAAUAAAAGUAUACCUGGAUGGAGUAGUUCUACAGAUGAUACUUCUUUAAGUCAAGGGAUGUCUUCACUGGAUCUUUUGGAAGGAUUGGAAUUUUCGGGCAGUGAAGAUGCAAAAAAUGGGUUCCAUAAUGGGAAUGGGUUUACAGAUUCAUUGGAGGCAAUGGAUGUAGACAGCCAAGAGGCUUUCUUACUUGGGACUUUUCCUAUAUUGAAACCCUUUGAUGUCAAAUUCUCGCUCAAAAAGUCUAAAGGGGAUAUCAAUUUGGCAAUCGAGGAUUUACUUACUCAAUCUUUUCUCGAAGAAACAGGAUCAAGGAGACGUGGUAUCGAAGCUUUCUCCGAAAGCUCUGCAUCUUAUAAAACUCACAAACAAAAAAGAAAGAAAAAGGAUCGAAGGACCAACCCUUCUGAGAGUAAUACUGUUACUGAUGAUUCUCCCCUUGACGUUGAAGCGAGCAAAUGGGAGACAGGUCGAAAAGAUGUCGAUUUCAUAUGUACCAGAACUGGCAUACCAAUGCAACAAGUAACUUCAAUUUACCACAACAAUGGAGCAUCUGUACGAGCAACAAUCCUGUCAAUCAUUGAAAACUAUCCUGCCACGGAUGUGGAAUCAGAAGACCCAGUAAUUGAGAUCAAUGCCAUGGAACUUGGACAAGACUUCCCUUCGAUCAAACGCUCUCAUUUGAUCACUCUUACUCAACUGACUCAUCCAUUCACAACCAGUGCACACGAACUAGCAAAAGCACUCACAUCCACACCUGUCUCCAAAUCAGGCAAGCCAAAAAUACAAAUCGAAGUCCGCCACUCACCCCUCAUUCUCGACCCCUCCCCCACUAUCUCGUCCCCAUCAAAACAAUACUCGCUAAAUGCCAUCUACCCGACUCAUUCCAUGUCCUCCAACCCCACUACACCACUUUCUUCCUCUACUGACGCAAGUCCCUAUAUUAGUGCACGCAAUACCGCUUUUCAAAAAGCAUCCGCCGCAUACAAGAAAUCCAGAUCCGACCCACUAAUGGGAGGUGCAGCAGCCUAUUAUUCUCAACAAGGCCGAGACGCCAAUGUGCGUGUUAAAGAUGUCGAGAGUGCCGCCGCAGAUGAGCUAGUGAUGAGACAAACUUGGAGUGGAGGUAUCGACUUACACGGAGUUGGCGUCCGCGACGCGGUAAGAAUCGCCAGGGAGAAAGUCACAGCUUGGUGGGUCUCAGAAGAGCAGCGACGAGCCAGCGGCGGAUAUAUCCGUGCUGGAGCCGGAGAAGGAUUUAAAAUCGUAACGGGAGUGGGAAAUCACAGCGAAGGCGGGAAAGGAAAGUUGGGACCAGCAGUAGCGAGAAUGUUGAUUAAAGAAGGCUGGAAAUUAGAAGUGGGGAGUGGUGCACUUCUUGUUAGGGGCGUGGUGAGGAAGUAA